UUACAUAUACAUAAAUGGCUUCCAUCAAAAAACCAAAAAAACCCACACGCCCCUCUCUAAUAAAAAUAAAAAUAAAUAAAAACAAGAAAAUUCAUAGCCGAUUCGAAUAGUGCCCUCGAACGAAUUUACCAGGUUUUUUUCUGGUUAAGUUCCAGUUAAUAUUAGCGUUUUAAUCAGUUCGUGGGAGAUUGCUAAAUUUGUCUUCGAGCUAAAUUUCUAUCUAGGUUUUAUUUGUUCGAGUAUCGGAACUUGGAAAUUGUGUGCAUUUGUGUCUUUCCUGAUUUUAUAUUGAUGGUAUAUGAUAAAUAUGCUGAUGGAAAGAAUGUUGGUGAUUAGGGUUUAUGUUUUUGAUUGAAGAGAGUGGUUUUUCUAGCAUCUGGGAUUUUCUUGGAAGUUGAAGAUUUUGAUGAAGAAUUUGAUCUGGUGAAUUUUGAGAAGAUGAUGCCCAGUCAAAAAUUUUCUCGUAUUGACAGUUUGGAGAUAAGAUCUCUGAUUAUUCGAAGGAUUGGGCAUCAAAGAGCAGAGAAAUACUUUGAUCAACUGAGGAAAUUGUUUAGCCUGAAGAUUAGCAAGAGUGAGUUUGAUAAGUUUUGCAUUAGAAUCAUUGGGAGGGAAAAUAUCCCUCUUCACAAUCAGCUUAUCAGAUCAAUUAUCAAGAACGCUUGUGUUGCAAAGGUUCCUCCUGCUAGAAGUGUUGGAAAGGUGGGAAGUAAUCUCAGUGUAAAACUUGGUAAUGGAUACCAGAGGAAUUGCCUUCAAUCACUUUAUGGUGAUGCCUUUCCUCCUUCCCCUCGCAAGGGCAGGUCUCCCGUUAAUCGGGAACGCAAGUUCAGGGAUCGCCCCAGUCCACUGAGGCCGCUAGGAAAGCCUCAAAUUGUUACAUGUGAUGAAUCAGUUUCCAAGGCGCAAGAGCAACAGAGUGCUACUGAAUUGGUUUCGCUUGGUAGCAGACCCCCAGUUGAAGUUGCAUCUGUGGAAGAUGGAGAAGAGGUCGAGCAGGUUACAGGAAGUCCAAGCAUUCAGAGUAGAAGUCCAGUUACUGCUCCGCUUGGUGUUUCCAUUAACUUUGGUGGAAGUCGAAAGUCUCUUUCUAAUUCAGGUUUCUGUAGUAUUUACCAUCAUGACACAUGUCAAAACAGUGGUGAGCUACCUGAUACGAGAUCUUUGAGAAGUCGUUUAGAGCGAAAAUUGGAGGAGGAGGGUAUGAACAUUUCAGUAGAUUGUGUUAAUCUGUUGAAUAAUGGGUUGGAUACCUACUUGAAACAAUUGAUUGAGCCCUGUAUGGCUCUGGCUGGAUCUAGAUGUGGAAAUGAGCACUUAAAACAAGUGAGUGGCCACUUCAUGCCUGGUCUCAAUGGAAUGUUACCUGGGAGACACAUGCAAAGACCUGUUUAUGCAUCCAUGUCAGAUUUUUGUGCAGCAAUGGCAUUGAAUCCACAAAUACUAGGAGGAGAUUGGCCUAUACAGCUUGAAAAAAUAUGCUUGCGGGCUUCAGAAGACUAAAGUCUUAGCUCAUAAACUGGCGGUAUAUGGAUUCAUCCAACAUGAUUUCAUGGAUUUAGUCACAGUUAGUGAAUGAUUCAGUUUCUUGAAUUUAUUCUUACUCAUAUCGUGGUCUUCUGAUGUGGAGCCGUGGAGUGUCACAAGGCAUUGUCCAGAGGAAUAAACUGUAGAAGUAGCAGGGAUCAAGUGGAAAAGGUCAUGUUCAAAUGUCAGUGUUGAUUAUUACUGGGAACGGGGGCAUGUUUAUAGGGUAAAUGUACAAUUCUAGAUACACCUGAGCCCCAUGAUAUAUCUAGAGUUUAACACCAUUCUUCAGUCAACAUCUUGUUUUUCUUUUGUCUUUUGUCCUUUUUCUUUCUUUUUCUCCCUAAUGUACCAAGUUUUGAGUAAAAGAAAGCAUAUUUUAGUUCUGAGUGGUCAGAAAUUCUUCGGUAGAUUUUUAACUAGGAAUGGACUUCUUUUUCUUUUUUCAACUAAAUGGCAUUAUUUUGGACUGCCUUGUUCUUUUUUCAACUAAAUGGCAUUAUUUUGGACUGCCUUGUUCUUUUUUCUCCCUGCCUGGUCUUGUGCUGCAAGAUACCAAUCAGGUACCAUGAAUACAAUGUUCUCUUAGAAAA